CCAUUUCUUUUAAAGGUUUAUAUCUCUAUACCUCCAUAUAUCCAUAUUUCCAUAUUUCCUUCCACGAUAGGUACAUGUACCAAUGUCAUUCUUUACAUCAUUAUUUCCUGCUGCGCCAAUAAGUUUCAGCCGACGCCAUCGAGCCUUCUAAACUGCGGGUGGGAUUAGGGCUUGAAGAGAAAUGCGGCCGCGCCAACUGAUCCUGACCGGCGGGCUCGUCUUCCUCGGUAUUUGCGUCAUCACACUCUUCCGGUUGACGCCUUCCGGCACCAAUCUCUCAGACCUUAAACCCGGCCCUUUAUCCUAUACACACGGCACUGGGAAAGAUGGCUCGAGUAAUGCACCACAACCGCUGGCGGCCCCGGUCCCCUUCGAUCCUAAGCCGAAGCCCGCUCCCGCUGGAGAACAUCCUAUGUAUUACCUGAUCACGCAAGCGGAAAAGGAUCUCGAGGCCACCAAGUCACGCCAGUCCAAGACAAUCAAGGAUGCUGUUGCAGAGUACCGCAGGCGGUAUGGGAUCCCCCCGCCGCCCAACUUUGACAAGUGGUUCGAGUUCGCAAAGGCCAAGAACGUCCAGCUCAUCGACGAAUUCGAUAUGAUCCACGAAUCGCUGACGCCCUUCUGGGGACUGAAGCCCUUCACGAUACGCGCGCGCGCCAGGGAGGCGCUAGGUUUCGACAACGCGUUGCUAGGUGUCCAGAUCCGAAACGGUAAAAUUACGCAUAUCCAGGGCGGAAGCGAGUGGCAGCGCGAGGCCACUGCGGGCAUGAUGGGGAAAUUCCUAAAGUGGUUACCCGAUAUGGACCUGUGCUUUAAUCUGCACGACGAGUCGAGAGUCGUAGUACCGCAUGAUGACCUAGCUAGAUUGGUUAAGAGGGCUAAGGAGAUUAAUAUGCCCGCGGCCAAUUCCCAUUCCCGCCCGAGAAACGAGUUCACGCCCAUGGGCAAGGGGCUAAAUGACGGGUCUAAAUUUGAGGAGAGCAAACUGACGCGAUUCAACGUCUUUGCCCACCAGCCAACUUGGACUCACUCGAGGUUGUCGUGUCCCCCGGAAAGUCCUUCUAGAGGUUUGGAGGAAGAAGAGAGAAAAGAUGACAUCUCGAAGUACGGCUUGGGAGAGCUAGGCUUCAUCUACAAUAUCACAGCCAUGUCUGAUAUCUGCUAUUCCCCGUCGCUAGGCUCGACGUUCGGCUUCUUCGACCGGCCGAAUGCAUACAACAUCGUCCUCGAUCUGUUCCCGAUAUUCUCACAGUCCAAGAUCUCGUCCUACUCCGAUAUAUUGUACCCGUCGCCGUGGUACUGGUUCGAGAAGGUAACGUAUGACGAGGCAAAGGACAUUCCGUGGACCGAGAAGCAGGACAAGUUCUACUGGCGCGGUUCUACGACUGGCGGUUUCAGCAGGAACGGCGGGUGGCGACGACAGCACCGACAGCGGUUUGUGAAGAAGAUGAACGCGGCCGAUAACGCUAAGAUCCUCGAGGAGGUAAAUGGUAAAUGGGGGGUCCAGGAGGUACCGCGGGGCGACUACAAGGACAUCAUCGACGUAUACUUCUCGGGGGUGGGGCAGUGCGACCCCGGCGACUGUGAUGCGCAGAAGGAAUUCUUCACGAUCAAGGGGCAUGCGGAGCAACAGGACGCGUGGAAGUACAAGUACCUACUAGACAUCGACGGGAACGCGUUCAGCGGGCGAUUCUAUGCGUUCCUAAAAAGCAAGAGCUUAGUGUAUAAAUGGGCUAUCUUCCGCGAGUGGCACCUCGAGUGGCUGAAGCCGUGGGCGCAUUACAUCCCGCUCAGUAUACAGGGCGAGGAGUGGCUCGAGGCUGUCCGGUUCUUCGGCCACGGCGAUCUGGGGACGAAGGAGGCCGAGCGCCUCGCGAACCAGCAGCGCGAUUGGGCGAAUAAGGUGCUAAGGCACGAGGACAUGGAGGUGUGGUUCUUUAGGUUGCUGCUAGAAUACGGCCGAGUCGCAGACGACGAACGCGAGAACAUCGGAUACUCGGUAGGCGCACCCGCGGGUAGGGCGUCGGGAGAAGUCUCUUCUUCUAGCCCAUGACGGAAAGAUAAAGCGGACACGUUAAUAUGGGGGUCGGAAACGGGGAUAGGAUACUAGGAUAUGCUACGUAGGCAUAAGUAGAUCUGGCAGGCCGGCGUACGGAUUGUAUAAAACAGCUGCAU